AUGACCACCGAGUUCCUCAGGGUGAAGAAGUUCCACCAGGAAGCCGCCCGGAGCCUGAGCUUGCAGAAGAGAAUGGAGCUGCAGCCGGAGCUGUCGCUCGGCCCAGUGUGGCCGGGCUUCGCCACCGGUGGCCUGGCAGCCAAGAGCUCCUCGUCCGAGUCUGACGGAAGCUCCCGGAAGAAGAGGAAGCACUACACCGCCAGCUGGGAGGAGCCUCAGCAGCCGCCCGCGAGCCUGGAGCUCCAGCUCAACGACCCCCUGCCUCUCGACUGGGAGCAGUGCCUCGACCUCCAAUCUGGGAGGAUGUAUUACCUCAACAGGAAGACGCAGAAGAAGAGCUGGAUCAGACCCCGGGAGCAGAGCGUGAACCUGGACCUCAACAUCUCCACGACUGCCGCCGUCGACAGCUGUGCCGCCGACGGUGCUGCUGCCGCUGCCCCCGACGAGGAUGAGCCAAGGAAACCCACUGGCCCAGCUUUGUUCUCUGGAGGCAACAUGGUGGCCGUGCCUUGCGCCAACUGUCACCUCCUAGUCAUGCUCUUCAAGUCCUCCCCCUCCUGCCCCAACUGCAAGUUCGUGCAGCCGCUGGCACCUGCUGUGCCACUGCCGCCUGCGGCGGUGGCCCAUCGGAGGCUUGAUGCCGCCGUCAAGCCGCUGGAGACCCUGAGCCUUCUCCAUUAG